UGCACACCCCCACAUGUCACUGUGCUUAAAAACCUUCUCCAGCUUCGGAUUCUUCCACCAUUAUCGAGCGUUAUCCUCACGCACACAAGCCCAGCCAGUACCAAUAGCCUGAGAUUAAAGCAGAGAGAGCAGCCAUGGCUACGGGAGAUCACAAGCAGUUGAUGAUCGUCGGCGUCGACGAGAGCGAGCCGAGCAUCUACGCCCUCGAGUGGACUCUCGACCACUUCUUCGCUCCUUAUUCUCCCAAUUCCCCCUUUAAGCUUCUCAUCGUCCAUGCUAAACCUUCCGCCAUCUCCGCCAUCGGUCUCGCCGGUCCCGGAACUGCGGAGGUUGUGCCUUUUGUUGACGCCGAUUUGAAGAAGAUUGCUGCCAGAGUCGUUGAGAAAGCUAAGGAGAUUUGUCACAGCAGAUCGGUAAGCGACGCGACAGUGGAAGUUAUAGAAGGGGAUGCCCGAAAUGUACUCUGUGAAGUUGUGGAGAGACACCAUGCUUCUGUUCUGGUCGUAGGCAGCCACGGGUACGGAGCUAUCAAGAGGGCGGUGCUGGGGAGCGUGAGCGACUACUGUGCUCACCACGCUCAUUGCUCGGUCAUGAUCGUGAAGAAGCCUAAGAUCAAGGGCUGAAUCUACAAACUAAGACUGCCCCCCGAAACCACCAAUAAAUUCGGCAAAAGCACAAAAUAUGAGCUGUUUGCCGUGAAAGAAUCAAGAAACCUAUAAAUCUGGGUUCGUGUGUAGUUGUUGCUUGUAUGUUGUCUUAAAUCCAACCAAUCAGGGUUUAUCCCUUCUAGUUUGACCACAAUUACGCUUCUCUAAUUCUCUUGCUUACACGACCCAAUCGUAUGGGCCUUGUAGAUCUUUUGUUUCCCCCACAAUAAUAUGAUGUCUAACGUUUCUAGUUAAAAAA